UCCGAAAGCAAAAGAGGAGAGAGAGAGAGAGAGGCAUAAACCAAAGGAUAAAAUCCAGCUAUUAUUACAGUCGCCGCUAACUGUGCCGCUCUAUUUCUCUGUCUAUCUGUGUUUCUCUUUCUGUAAAUUUUGCCGCAAGAAACUAAACACAUUUUCUUUUUGCCUUGUCCGCGUAAUUUUAGUUUCGUUUUUUCUCCGUGUUUUCUUUUCCCGUUUUCCUAUAACGUCAUUUGCCAAGCGGACGGUUCUAGGACUUUCUUUUUGGGUAGUUUUAUUUUCGUAAAAUUUAUUUGCUCUUUUUGUCUGUCUGUCCGUGCUUUGUUUUUGUUCUAUUUUUGAAUGAUAUUUUACUUUGGUCUUGGAUUUAUUGGCUAAUUUUUUAAAUACUAUUAUUUUUAUUUGGUAGAGGGGCUUCUUGAUCUCCCCACCCCCUCUCAAAGCUCGUUUUGUUCUGGGAAUUUGAGAUGGGUGAUUGGGGUGACAAAUUUGUUUCAGGUGGUGGUUCACCGUUGAUUUCAGCAUUUUCUUUUACUGGUUUCUGUGUGCAUUAGAGAGAGAAGGGGAAGGGGAAGGGGAAGGGGGAGAGAGAGAAUGGUUUGUUUUUCUUGCUUCAGUCCUGGAGGAAAUGGUGAGCGCAGGAUUGAAAUUGAGAAUGGCACACGAUCCGGUUCUCGGCAAUCAGCUGAUUCCGCAGGUAGUGGGAGGGGAAAGGACUCAGACGAUAACGUGAAUGGGAAAGGGAAGGCGACUUUGAAGGAUACUGAGGGCAACAGCACGAGAUGCAGUGGGGCGCGCAGUUUUACGUUUCUUGAGCUAGCAGCAGCCACAAGAGGUUUUAGGGAGGUGAAUCUGAUAGGGGAAGGGGGUUUUGGAAGGGUUUACAAGGGCCGCCUUGAGACGGGCGAGGUUGUUGCGAUUAAACAACUUGAUCAUGAUGGCGUCCAGGGAUUUAAGGAAUUCCUUGUGGAGGUUCUCAUGUUAAGCUUGUUACACCAUUCUAAGCUUGUCACUUUGAUUGGGUAUUGCACUGAUGGGGAUCAGAGGCUGUUGGUCUAUGAGUAUAUGCCAAUGGGUAGCUUGGAAGAUCAUCUCUUUGAUCUGGAACCUAAGAAAGAGCCACUGAGUUGGAAUACUAGAAUAAAAGUUGCUGUUGGUGCAGCUCUGGGGCUUGAGCAUCUCCACUGCAAAGCCAAUCCCCCUGUUAUUUACCGUGACUUAAAAUCUGCAAAUAUCUUGCUGGACAACGAUUUCAAUCCGAAGCUCUCGGAUUUUGGGCUUGCUAAACUGGGACCUGUUGGUGACAAUACUCAUGUUUCAACCAGAGUGAUGGGAACGUAUGGUUACUGUGCCCCAGAGUAUGCAAUGAGUGGCAAGUUGACCCUUAAAUCUGAUAUAUAUAGCUUUGGUGUGGUUCUCUUGGAGUUGAUCACUGGCCGGAGGGCAAUAGACUGCAGUAAGAAGCAGGGAGAGCAGAACCUAAUUGCCUGGUCUCGUCCAUUUUUGAGGGACCGAAGGAAAUUCACCCAAUUAGUUGAUCCUUUAUUGCAAGGGCGCUUCCCUGUUCGAUGUUUGCAUCAUGCAAUUGCCAUUACUGCAAUGUGUCUUCAAGAGCAGCCAACUUUCCGCCCUCUUAUUGGUGAUGUUGUUGUAGCGCUUGAGUACUUGUCCUCUCAGAGUAACAGUUAUGAAGUCCAUAAUAGCCGAAUCCAUAGUUCCCUGCCUCGAUCAUCCUCAAAACAAGACAGUGAUAUCUUUUCCCGUGAAUCGGAUUAUCGAAGAAGUGCGACUUCUGUUUAAACAUCGGAGGGCAGAAGCUGCUGAAAUUAUUUGAUACUGUUUUGUCUUCUUCUUUUUGUUUUUUCUUUUGAAAUCAUUAAAAAUGGUUAGGUGCUUAUGAGUGGCUGACUUACAAGAGAAAGAGAAGAGUUCAACAGGAGGAGGAAAAUAAGGUCAUCUCAUAAAGGGGGUUCUCCUUUUCGUCAAGAGCAAUUACACUGUAGAUUCUUUGAUAUUAUAUGAAAGUAAGUAAAGAGGAAGGCCGGGGGCUGCCAAAUGCUUGUUUUCGACCUCGAAUUGGCGCUGUCGUGCUUAGCUAUGGAUGAUCAGAGGAAAAGAUUGGAUGAACCUAUAAUCUUAUAUUGUUUGCUGGAACCAAUAUAGGUUCAUCCUUAAGCUUUGAGCUCAUCAGCUAUUGUCCAGAUUCUUUGAGUAUACCAUGUAUAGGAAAAAAGAAGCAUCAUAUCAUAUGUCGUAAAAAAGAGAGAAUUUUAUCUUGAGGCAUUUCGUUGUUGCAAAUGUAAUGAAGGGAACUCAAAGGAAAGAACUAUGUUUCCAAGAACUAAAUGAAAGCAAUGUUAUUUGUUAUCUUCCGUUCA